UGGACGUGUUUGUGACGUAGCAGGGGUGCGUGCGGGCUGUGAGUUACCGGCGGCUCAUCGGGUGAACGGGGAACGGCGGCGACUGGCCUCGCCCGCACACCUGCGGGACGCAGGGGUGGGCGGGCUGAGCCCGCAGGAGCCCCGCGGCCCGAUGGCGCGGUCCCUGGAUCCGGCGCAGGUUUUGGUGACCUUCAAGGAUGUGGCUGUGACCUUCACCCAGGAAGAGUGGGGACAUCUGGACCUGGACCAGAGGGCCCUGUACCAGGAGGUGAUGCUGGAGACCUGUGGGCUUCUGGUCUCAUUGGGGCAUCCAGUUCCCAAAGCAGAGUUUGCCCACCUGCUGGAGCAUGGGCAGGAGCUGUGGACAGGAAAGGGAGGCCUCUCCCAUAGCACCUGCUCAGGUGACAGCAUGAGACUUCAGACCAGGGACCCAAGCACUCCUCAGCUGGUUUUGUCUGAGGGAGUCUUGCUCCAGGGAAGCCUGACUCAGGGAUCUUCAAAGGACUCCAGGUUGGCGCACACCAAGGAUUGGGAAGGGCUUGUGCAAAUGCAGAAAGGUCAGUUGAAGCCUGGGACAGAUGCUCAAAAAGAGACCCAUCUUGGGAAAAUGAGCCUUGAAGAUGAUGGUUUGGGGACAGAGGAUAAUCUGCACUCCUGGGUGUUACAGGAAAGAGUGUCUCAGGGACAUGUUCUCCAUGACUGUGACCCACAGGGACGCAGUAAAGGCUGUACGAUUCAUGCCGGGAAUAUUGUCUACAAAUGCAAGCAGUGUGGGAAGGGUUUUAACCGGAAGUGGUACCUCGUUCGACAUCAGCGGGUUCACACUGGAAUGAAGCCCUAUGAAUGCAAUGCAUGUGGGAAAGCCUUUAGCCAGAGCUCAACCCUUAUUCGCCACUACCUCAUUCAUACCGGGGAGAAACCAUACAAGUGCGUGGAGUGCGGGAAGGCCUUCAAACGCAGGUCCUACCUCAUGCAGCACCAUCCAAUUCACACUGGGGAGAAGCCCUACGAGUGCAGCCAGUGUCGAAAGGCCUUCACCCACCGCUCUACUUUUAUUCGGCAUAACAGGACCCACACUGGAGAAAAACCCUUUGAGUGCAAAGAAUGUGAGAAAUCCUUCAGCAACAGAGCACAUCUGAUUCAGCACUACAUCAUCCACACGGGAGAAAAGCCCUACGAUUGCAUGGAGUGUGGGAAGGCCUUCAGAUGCAGCUCGGAACUCACGCAGCACCAGCGGAUUCACACCGGGGAGAAGCCCUAUGAGUGUGCCCAGUGUGGGAAAGCCUUUCACCGGAGCACGUACCUCCUUCAGCACUCUGUCAUCCACACGGGGGAGACACCGUACAAGUGCCUCGAGUGUGGGAAGGCCUUCAAACGCAGGUCACACCUCCUGCAGCACCAGCGGGUUCAUACUUGAGAGAAGUGCUCUUGAUGCCAUGAAUGUAGAAAGGCCUUCGCCUGCUUCUGCUCUUCUGUCCGUCAUGAGGGGAGCACAGUGGAGGAAACAAAAAACAAAAACCCUCUCAGUAUAAAGAAUGUCGGAGAGGUUGUUUUUGGGUCUUCAGGCACAUGAGUGGUCAUACUGGAAAGGAGGCCUGUGAUGCAGUGAACAUGAGAAAGCCUCCAGCCACUGCUCUCCGCCCACUCAUCAUGGGGUUCACACUGGAGAGAAUUUUGAGAAGGCAGGUCACCCAUGGGUCCACCUCUGUCUGCGUCAGAGAAAGCCUCAGGGAAACACAUUCUGAAGGCAACUACUGAGGAGUCAUUUUAGCCAGAAGAAGAUACUUAACCAUCUGAGAAUGUGUAACAAACGGGAACCACAUCCUUGUCAUUACUGUGAGAAAACCUGUGACAGGUCAGCACUUAAGAGUCAGAUGGAAUGGGACACAGCGUAGGCCUUACUGUGAGAAGGAUGUGGGAGACAGGCAGUGGGUACUGUGCACUUACAAAGACUUCCGACCACACAUUUUCCCCUUGGUUGAUGCUUAGAAAGCCAUCUCAGCAUUUUUUUUUUUUAAAGAAGAAGGAAAAGGGGAUGGAAAUCUAGACUGUAAAUGGAAAAAACAAAUGUCUUCACAAACUUUCAGAUUUCCCUGCCAAACCUCUUACAGUUUUUCAUCAGUUUUAUUAUUUUGGUUGGGGGGAAUGUUGGAGAGAAAGGGUCUCAGCCCUUCAUUUUUAUGUGUGUUUAUGGCUCUUCUGUGUCAGGAAGCUGUCGUGAGGACAACUCUAGAGACGUUUGCUGGAAGCCUUGUUGCACACAUCUCUACCCACAAGGAGCAUCAUUCUUUGUGAGAAAUGUCAAGUCUGAGUCAUGAGGUACUUGAACUUAGAAGGUUAGAAUUCUGAAAGUAACAUCACCUGCCACUUGCCUCUGAUGUCUGAGAGCAGGGUCCGCAUACAGCCGCAUUAAAAUAUGCUCCCUUGGGACUGCUUAAGGCUUUGGUAUUUAUAAGUAAAACUCCUGUUUCUAUGGUUUUUAAAUGCCCAGUGUUUUCUCUUCCUCCCUAUUUCUUGAUUCCAUUCUGCUCUUAUGUUUUCUUCAUUUUCCCCUGACAAAUGUGGAGGUGGACUUCUCAGCCAGGACCUAAUUCUUUUGUGUUGUUGGGGUUUCACAGGUUAAUCUCGUGGGGAGGACUAUGCAUUCCACAGGCCCUCUCCACAGCCUUCUGGGGCUUACAUUAUUGCUAAAAUCAGUGAGAUGAAACACUCAGCUGAGGCAAAGUCAUGAUAUGCCCAGAAAAACAGUAUUCUCAUUGUCUGAUCUUAUAAAUGUGAAGUUUGGUUUCAAAUAAAGUGUCAGGGAUUUGAAGAGGAGACUCCAGUUGUGUACAUGCAGGGGUUGGGUUUGUGUGGGCUUCACAGUUGCCACCGUGGACAUCCUGUUCCUUGGGUGCCAGCAUUGGAGGUGGUCAUUUGAAAUUCAUCCUGUGGACUGUCCUUCAACCCUAGUUUUCAAGGUACACAAGGUAAUCAAUGUUAAUGGGUUAAACAUGUACAGAAAAAAUAAAAAGUGAUUAUUUCCUCA